AUGUCCGACGCAGAAAACGAUCGAAAUUUGGAAGAAAAAACUGAGGAAGUAGAAGAAUUUUUGUUUGAUCCUGCUUUUAAGAAGAAAAAAAAGAAGAAACCGAAAGUUGCUUUCGAAAAUGAAGUUGAACAAGAGGAGGAGGCCCCAGUUGAUGAAAACGAAAAUGAAGAAAAGGCUGAAGAUGAUAUGUCAAUAUUCGAAUUUGAAGAAGAGGCACCUGCCGAACCUGCUGAUUUCGCCGAUUUACCAAAAACCAAGAAAAAGAAAAAGAAAACCAUGACCGAAUUUAUAGAGCAACUAAAUGAUGAAGUGGAAAAAGAGGUUCGAGCAGAAGAUGACUUCUUUGUUCCAGAAAAUGAGCAGGCUGACAAAGAAACAAAGUUUGAGGAAGCCUGGCUUAAUUCUGACAGAGAUUACACAUAUCAAGAACUUUUGGGUAGGGUUUUCCACAUCCUUCGGCAAAAUAACCCGGAACUAGCCGGGGAAAAGAAGCGGUAUACAAUCGCACCACCAUCAGUUCAUCGGGAAGGAAACAAAAAAACAAUUUUUGCCAAUAUUGCUGACAUUUGCAAGAAAAUGCACAGGCAACCUGAACAUGUUAUUCAAUUUCUAUUUGCUGAAUUGGGUACGAGUGGUUCAAUUGAUGGAUCACAGCGACUUAUUAUUAAGGGACGUUUUCAGCAAAAGCAACUCGAAAAUAAAAUCGUAUUUUCUUCCAACAAUGCGAAAGUUGCGGAUCUAUGCGAUCAGUCUCCACGAUUAAAACAG